AUGAUAAUACUAGAUAAUUAGUAUCAGCAUUAUUUCAUGCAAAAACUCAAAACACAACCAACAUUAAAAUAUGUUACUGUAUAAAGCGAAGAAGAGUUUUUAAGGCAGCAGCAGUCAGCUGUUCAGAGGCAGGAGCCAAGAGGAACAAAUCAAUGACACACGGAAACAAGAUGGCGGACCGCAGCAGCGGUUUGUCCACAACAAAAAGACCGAGAUAAAACUUCCCCGGACUUUGAUGAAACUUUUGUCGCUCUGACCGGAGACAUGAGAGGCCUCCGCCGUCUCUGAACACUCGUUCACCGGCACCGUGUGUUUCCCCGGCGAUGUUCCCGUGAAGCCGCCGCUGUCUGAGGCGAACUUUGGUCGUUUCUACAAACCGGUAAGGUAAGAACGGCCGCGCCGUUAGCUGUUAGCUUAGCUGCGCGCUAACCGUUUGUUUUGGUUCAAUGUCGGUGCUCGGACGGUUCUUUGGACGGACCGGCGGCGGUCACGGGGCUCAGGGGACCGGGGAGGAAACGACCGACUGAAAUAAGACGAGGUCAGCCGUGGCUCCAACAUGGCGGCAGCGUCGUACGACCAGCUGCUGAGGCAGGUGGAGGUUUUAAAGAUGGAGAACUCCAACCUGAGACAGGAACUACAGGACAACUCCAACCACCUGACGCAGCUGGAGUCAGAGGCGUCCAACAUGAAGGAAGUGCUGAAGCAGCUGCAGGGAACCAUAGAAGAAGAAUCUGGAGAGACGACGGGAUCUCAGCUGGAGCUCAUCGAAAGACUGAAGGAAAUGAGCCUGGACGCUGCAGGGUUGAGGCCCAGGUCCAGGCUUCCUCUCGGGCCCUCGUCCUCCUCCAGCUCGGCCUCCUCUGGUUCUGGAGCUUCUGGAGGAGCUGGAGGUCCUCAGAUGACCACGGCCUUCCCCAGGAGAGGGCUGCCGUCUGCAGGUAGAGACAGCCACGACCGCUGCCUGGAGGAGCUGGAGAAGGAGAGGUCUCUCCUAUUGGCUGAGCUGGAGAAGGAGGAGAAGGAGAAGGACUGGUACUACGCUCAGCUGCAGAACCUGACGAAGAGGAUCGACAGUCUCCCGCUCACCGAGAACUUCACUCUACAGACAGACAUGAGUCGUCGUCAGCUCGAGUUCGAGGCUCGUCAGAUCCGCUCUGCGAUGGAGGAGCAGCUCGGCUCGUGUCAGGAGAUGGAGCGGCGAGCACAGGCUCGUGUGUCUCGUAUUCAGCAGAUAGAGAAGGACAUCCUGAAACUUGGAGCUCGACUACAGGUGGAAGGAGCUCAGGGGCCGAGCGACAGCAGCGGAUUGGCGGGAGCUCAGAGCUCCGGCAGCCGAUUGGACCAGGAACCGGCCAAUGAAACAAGCUACUCUGUGCCUCGACGAAUCACCAGCCACCUUGGAACCAAGGUGGAGAUGGUGUACAGUCUGCUGUCCAUGUUGGGGACUCACGACAAAGACGACAUGUCGCGGACGCUUCUCGCCAUGUCGAGCUCGCAGGACUCGUGCAUCGCCAUGCGUCAGUCCGGCUGUCUGCCGCUGCUCAUCCAACUGCUGCACGGCAACGACAAGGACUCACUGUUGCUAGGAAACUCUCGUGGCAGCAAGGAGGCUCGUGCACGGGCGUCGGCAGCGCUGCACAACAUCGUCCACAGUCAGCCGGAUGACAAGCGAGGGCGCCGCGAGAUCAGAGUGCUCCACCUGCUGGAGCAGGUGCGUCAUUACUGUGAGGCCUGCUGGAGCUGGCAGGAGAACCACGAGAGGGGCGUCGACCAGGAGGACAACCCCAUGCCGUCUCCAGUGGAACAUCAGAUCUGUCCGGCCGUCUGCGUCCUCAUGAAACUUUCCUUUGAUGAAGAACAUCGUCACGCCAUGAACGAACUGGGUGGUCUGCAGGCGGUGGCGGAGCUGCUGCAGGUGGACUGUGAGAUGUUUGGUCUGAGCAGCGAUCACUACAGCGUCACUCUGCGGCGAUAUGCCGGCAUGGCGCUCACCAACCUCACCUUCGGAGAUGUGGCCAAUAAGGCCACACUGUGCUCCAUGAAAGGCUGCAUGAGAGCGAUGGUCGCCCAGCUCAAGUCUGAGAGUGAAGACCUGCAGCAGGUGAUAGCGAGUGUUCUGAGGAAUUUGUCGUGGCGUGCUGACGUGAACAGUAAGAAGACGCUGCGUGAGGUCGGAAGUGUGCGAGCACUGACGGGCUGCGCCCUCGAGGUCCAGAAGGAGUCCACGCUGAAGUCUGUCCUGAGCGCACUAUGGAACCUGUCGGCUCACUGUACAGAGAACAAGGCGGACAUAUGUGCAGUGGAUGGCGCUCUGGCAUUUCUGGUUGGAACUCUGACUCACUGCAGCCACACCAACACGCUCGCCAUCAUCGAGAGCGGCGGCGGUAUCCUGCGCAACGUAUCCAGCCUCAUCGCCACCAAUGAGGCACACAGGCAGAUCCUGCGUGAGCACGGCUGCCUGCCGACUCUGCUGCAGCACUUGAAGUCUCACAGUCUCACCAUCGUGUCCAACGCCUGCGGGACGCUCUGGAACCUGUCGGCUCGAGACACCAAAGACCAGGAGGCAUUGUGGGAACUGGGCGCUGUGGGCAUGCUGCGUAACCUCAUCCACUCCCGUCAUAAAAUGAUCGCCAUGGGCAGCGCCGCCGCCCUGCGUAACCUCAUGGCCAACCGCCCGGCACGCUACAAAGACGCCAGCGUUGUGUCGCCAGGCGCCGGCGCCCCGUCUCUGCACGCCCGCAAACAAAAGGCCUUAUUUGAGGAGCUGGACGCUCAGCAGCUGUCAGAGACUUUCGACAACAUCGACAACCUGAGUCCCAAGGCGGCUCACAGGAAGGGGCGGGGCUGUAAUGGCGCCGGAGCAGGAGGGAGCACGACGCGCUCGUAUGCCAACACGCCGGUGCUGUCAAGCCCGAAGAACGGAGACGGAUCAAAGAGGAUGGGUGAGGAAGCGGCGUACCCUCGGCCGGUGUUCUCACCGAGCGUCCGAGCGUCAAGCGACAGCCUCAACAGUGUGACCAGCGCCGACGGCUACGGCAACCGCGGCAAAACCAAACCGUCAUCGGAGUCCUUCUACUCGUCUGACGAGAGCGGUGCCAACAAAUGCUGCGUCUACAGGAAGUACCCGGCCGACCUGGCCCACAAGAUCCGCAGCGCCAACCACAUGGCGGACGACGACGGUGCGGAGCUGGACACACCCAUCAACUACAGCCUCAAGUAUUCAGAUGAACAGCUGAACUCUGGGAGACAGAGUCCGAGUCACCGCGGCGGCAUCGAGAGCGACGAUGACGACGGACAGGACGCCAGGUUGAGGAGGAGGAACGAUGGUAGCGAAUCAGCAACGAGCAGCAGUCGCAUGGCAUCUGUCCCGCCGCCCCGCUACAUAGUUGUCACGGCAACAUCAAACUACAGCGGAGAAUCGACAAACGAGCAGCCAAUCGACUACAGCCUGAAGUACGGCGCUGACUCCGCCCACAAACCUCUGUUUAAGUCAGAGGAGAGCACGGCCCCCUCCCUCCCCCCACCUCCAUCCACCUCCACCAGUAAGCUCCGCCCCACUCCUGCAGCCAAUCGGGCAGUGCCAAAGAGCAACCAGGAGUCGACGCAGACGUACUGUGUGGAGGACACACCCAUCUGUUUUUCUAGAGGCAGCUCUCUGUCGUCACUGUCGUCAGAGGAGGAGGACGACGGUGAUGUCAUCGGGAGGAAGCGGCGAGGGGGGAGCAUUGUCAGCAGCGUUAGCGGCAACGAUUACCCGACACUUCCUGUCGGCGAGAAGGAUGAGCAGCAACAGCAACGGCAGCUGAAGGAGGCAGAGAGCCAGACCGCCACCGCUCCCUCAACACGGGGGCGCCGAGGCCAUCAUCACCACCAUGGCCACGCCCACCACCACCAUCAUCACCACCAUGUGACAUCAUCAUCUGGAGCCAGGACUCCUAAAAGCCCGCCGGAGCAGCCGUACGCUCAGGAGACGCCGCUGAUGUUCAGCCGCUGCACGUCCGUCAGCUCCCUGGACAGCUUCUCCACGUCCUCCAUCGCCAGCUCCGUACGCUCCAGCGAGCCGUGCAGUGGCGUUCCGAGCGGUGUGGUGAGCCCCAGCGACCUGCCCGACAGCCCGGGACAAACCAUGCCGCCAAGCCGCGCAAAGACGCCGCCGCCACCGCCGCUGCAGAAGAGCAAGGAAGUGGAAGCUAAGAAGAAGAAAGACGAGGAGGAGAGCAGCGCCGACGUCCUGCUGCACUUCGCCACAGAGACCACGCCGCACGGCUUCUCCCAAGCAUCCAGUCUGAGCGCGCUUAGUCUGGACGAGCCAUACAUCGCAGCAGAGAUGAAGAAGGAGGAGGAGGAGGAGGGAGGGAACAAGGAGAGGAAGGAGGAAGAGGCAGCAGAACCCAUCCUCGACGAAUCAGACGACGAUGAUGACAUUGAGAUCCUGGAGGCUUGCAUCAACAUGGCCAUGCCCAAGUCAUCACGGAAACCAAAGAAACAGCAACAAGCAGCGCCAAGGAAACCCAGCCAGCUUCCUGUCUACAAGCUCCUCCCACCACAGAGCCGCACCCAAUCGCAGCAGAGGAAGGACGUGGCGCCACCGGAGGAGGUGCCAAGAGUUUACUGUGUGGAGGGAACGCCGCUCAACUUCUCCACCGCCACCUCCCUCAGUGACCUCACCAUUGAUUCUCCGCCCAAUGAGGAGGCAGCAGCAGCUGUCGUACCCGUGAGUCCGCCCCCCUCCACCCAGAGGAGGCGAGCUGGACUUCCUGAAGGCGAGAACGGUGAUGACAUCCUCGCCGAGUGCAUCAGCGCCGCCAUGCCGAAAGCCAAACCCAGAAAACCAAUCAGACCAGCAGCAAAUGGUGAGCACCCCCAAGCCCCUCCCCUCCCCCCUCCUCUUCCUCCUGCCCCGCCUCCUCUCGGCUCGCAGCAGCAGAAGAAGAAGCCCACGUCACCGGUGAAACCAAUGCCCCAGAGGGCAGCGUACAGCGUAGCCACGACAACGGUUAACAAAGCAAAACCAGGGUUCGCCUUCGACUCGCCUCGACACUACACCCCCAUCGAAGGAACACCCUGCUGCUUCUCUCGCAAUGACUCGCUGAGCUCGCUCGACUUCGAUGAAGACGAAGGGGGCGUCUGCGAAAAGGAAGAAGAGGAAAAGAAAACAAAAGAAGAAGAAGGCAGGAAGAGGAAGCAGCAGACGGCAGCGGUUUUCCCUCGAACGAAACCUGCGACCAAUCAGAUGGCGACAGACGAGAAGCAGAAGUUUUCCAUCGAGGACACGCCCGUCUGCUUCUCCAGGAACUCUUCGCUGAGCUCGCUGAGCGACAUCGACCAGGAGAACAACAACAAGGAGUUUGCCCCCCCGCCGCGACCGCCGGAGAAACCAAAGUCUCCGCCUCCUGCGCAGGUCGAAUCAAAGCCCCGCCCCCCUGCUGCCAGCGGCUACGCCCCCAAAGCCUUCCAUGUGGAGGACACGCCCGUCUGCUUCUCCAGGAACUCGUCGCUCAGUUCGCUCAGCAUCGACUCCGAGGACGAUCUGCUGCAGGAGUGCAUCAGCUCCGCCAUGCCCAAGAAGAAGAAGAAAGCGUCCGCCACAGCCACCGCAUCACUUCCUGCAUCCAAAGUGGACGAGAGCAUUCUGGCUGAGGAGGAGCCGUCAGAGGUGCCGAGAAGCCCCACCUCUCCCGACUCAGAAUCAUUCGAUUGGAAAGCAAUCCAAGAAGGUGCCAACUCCAUCGUCAGCAGCCUGAACGCUGCCGCCGCCGCCACAUCGCUGUCCCGCCAGCCUUCAUCAGACUCUGACUCGGUCCUCUCCCUCAAGUCUGUCGGCUCCCCGUUCCGCUUCCCGACAGCCAAUAACAACGCAGAGGAGGAGGAGGUGGAGGAGAAGGAGGCGGUGAAGCGAGGAGGAAGGAUCCUGAAGCCGGGAGAGCGUAGCUCGCUGGAGGCAAAGAAGAAGGAUGAGGAAGAGGAGGAGGAGGCAAAGGCAUUGAGAGGGGGUAAGAAGGUUUACAGAAGUCUGAUCACAGGGAAGCCGAGGGCGGAGCCAGCAGCAAGAGGGCGGAGCAAACCCAGAACAGCGGCCGUGGCUAAAGCCCCGGGCAGCAGCGACGACAGAGGAGGUGGGUCUUCUAGGGACUCCACACCAUCUCGCUCCUCCACAGCAGCCAAUCUGAAAGGAGGGAAGCCGUCACAGCUGCCACGAACAGCAUCUCCAGGAGGUGCAUCACCAUCAUCUGCCUCCAGACUGUCCAAACAGGGUGUAGCAGCGAGAAGUGGCGGCGGUGGCCUCCCGAGGAGUGAGUCGGCGUCGAGGGUUGGUUGUUCCACGACUGCAAAGAAGCAGAAGGCGGAGCUAGAGAAGCCAGCGCUCGUCCGCCAGUCGACCUUCAUCAAAGAGGCUCCGAGUCCGACACUGAAGAGGAAGCUGGAAGAGUCCGCGGCCGUUGUGGCACCGGCAGGGGCGGAAACAGACUCACCGUCCAGUCUUGAUACAACGCUACCACAGACGACCAGGAGACACGACGUCAACCGCUCACACUCUGAAAGCCCAUCGCGCCCAGAGGAAGUGACAUCAUCACGGUUCAGUCGCACCGGCACCUGGAAGCGAGAAAGCAGCGGAGGAGGAGGGAGCGGUGGGAAACACUCCACAUCGUUACCACGCGUGGGGACGUGGAAACGGACGGGCAGCUCGUCAUCGGUGCUGUCGGCGUCGUCGGAGUCCAGUGACAAGGGGCGGAGCGAGGAGGAAGGCGCCGCCAAGUCCAAGGGGACGUGGAGGAAGGCGAAGAGCAGCACAGACCCUUCAGCAGGCCGCAGCUUCACCGACAAAUCAGAAGACGUGUGGGUUCGUCUGGAGGACUGUCCCGUCAACAACCCACGCUCCUCGUCCUCCUGCUCAGCCCGCUCUCCGACUGCUGCCAACGUCCCGCCUGUCAUCGACAGCCCCGCCCCCUCCAAGAUCCCAUCCUCCUCCUCUUCCUCCUCUUCCAACCUCAAUCUACUUCGCAGCUGUGAAAGCUUGGACGAAAAGCCGCCGCCACCCGAGUGCCAACAAUCACAACCGCCGCCGCAGCAGCAGCAGCAGCAGCGAGGUCAGCCCCGCAGCGGGGCCGUGGCCGCUCGAGUCAGCCCCUUCAACUACACACCGAGCCCGAGGAAGAGCAGCACUGAAGUCACAACCGCCACCACCACCAUGGCAACCAGCACGACUUCAUCAUCAACGACCCCCACGAGACCUUCACUCAUCCCCACCCCUGUCACCAAAAAACGGGAGCCGAAAGGUGGCGAGGGCAGCGGCAGCAGUGGCAGUGGCGGUGAGCGUGGCUCUUACAUUGUGACGUCAGUGUGAAGAAUCUGGACACAAAAUGGCCGCCACGGCCGCCACGGUCGGAGCAGUUGACAAAACGGAAAGUGUAAAUAUGGAGACGAACUGUACAGGAAGUAAGACUGUAUUUAAGUACAAACCCCGCCCCCUGUCCAUCACCCCUGCCCUCAUUGGCUUCUCAUCUGUCAGUCGAACCUCUUUAUCCAAUGAGUUUUUAUACCACUGAAAGUGUAUGUAGCGCUUAGCCCGCCCCCUCUGCCUGUGUUCCUGCAUGGCCCCACCCCUGCCCUUAACGAUGAUGUUACCAUGGCGACAGUAAGAUAAUGAUAACGAUAUAUCUGAGCUGAUGGUUUUACUUUAACAUGUGACCUGACCCCUGACCCCUGACCUCUGACCCCUGACCCAUGGAGAAGAAACUAAAACAUUAUCGUUUAUUGAUCAGCUAAUUUUUUAUUUUCAGCUGAAACAUUAAAAUGUUUUUUUUAUUUCUGCUACAACUCAACUGUAAAAAUUUAAACUUGAGAUGUUUGUUGAAUACUUCCUGAUCUGUGUUGCCUUGGAUACUAAAACACUGUAAAACAUAAGUUAUUGCUGUAAAACCUUUGAACUCUGAAGCACAUCACGAAAAACAAAAUGAUUUCUGCCAAAAAAGUUUCACUUUUCUUCAUUUUCACUGUUUUUAUGUUUCUGGAGGAAAAAAACUCGAAUUAUAACAAACAAUAAAAUUCAACCUUUUAGGAGCA